UUGAAAUGAUUGGAUACUACACACACACACACACACACAAAUGCUUUUAUUUAUUUAUAAUUAAGGAAAUAUGUUCUUCACUGGUUAUUCUGCUCAUUUAGCAUUUAUUAACAAUCUUGGUUUACAAAAUACAAGUCAACAGGUGUUUGUUUGUGGAUAGUGAAUUAUAUUUGUGCAUAUUUUGUUACGGAUCAUAUGGGGAUGAGGGAGGCAUUGUACGGUGCCAUAUAAUUAAUACGAUCACAAACACUGGUAGUCAAAAAAUAAUGUUUCCGACAUUUUACUCGGUUUGUGUGACAUCACCUUGACAACGGCGGGACACGAGGCUACUCUCCGGAGAAGCAGCAGACCGGGACGGGAGAUCUGGCACGGAGCGGGCACUACUCUCCGUGCUGCAAGCAACCGGGGCUCAAACCGGGGCUAAAUCCUACCGUAAAUCUAUGUUCAUAUCAUUCUCAUCCCUGUACACCUUUCUAUCAGGUAAAUCUAUGUUCAUGUCAUUCUCAUCCCUGUACACCUUUCUAUCAGGUAAAUCUAUGUUCAUGUCAUUCUCAUCCCUGUACACCUUUCUAUCAGGUAAAUCUAUGUUCAUAUCAUUCUCAUCCCUGUACACCUUUCUAUCAGGUAAAUCUAUGUUCAUGUCAUUCUCAUCCCUGUACACCUUUCUAUCAGGUAAAUCUAUGUUCAUAUCAUUCUCAUCCCUGUACACCUUUCUAUCAGGUAAAUCUAUGUUCAUAUCAUUCUCAUCCCUGUACACCUUUCUAUCAGGUAAAUCUAUGUUCAUGUCAUUCUCAUCCCUGUACACCUUUCUAUCAGGUAAAUCUAUGUUCAUAUCAUUCUCAUCCCUGUACACCUUUCUAUCAGGUAAAUCUAUGUUCAUAUCAUUCUCAUCCCUGUACACCUUUCUAUCAGGUAAAUCUAUGUUCAUGUCAUUCUCAUCCCUGUACACCUUUCUAUCAGGUAAAUCUAUGUUCAUAUCAUUCUCAUCCCUGUACACCUUUCUAUCAGGUAAAUCUAUGUUCAUGUCAUUCUCAUCCCUGUACACCUUUCUAUCAGGUAAAUCUAUGUUCAUAUCAUUCUCAUCCCUGUACACCUUUCUAUCAGACAUGUCUGUCAAGGACAGUGGUGCAGCCGGUCUGAUCGUGUUCCACACGUCUGCUCCCCGAGGUCUCCUCACAUCUACAGUACCCAGCGGAGUAUGGAGAAGUGUCAGGAAGACCGGCCGAAGAGGAAGAGGAGGAGAGAAGAGGAGGAGUGAGGUGUGGCUUCCUGGACCUCCCAGAGGGCCGUGGGUGGACUGGCUCUCUCACACCUCCUUCAGGAGGCUGCAGGUCAAGUUAGAAUCUGAGAACCAAGAAGCUAGAGCCAUCACCCAGCCCUUACUGGACACAGAGAAUGGCUUUGUCAAGGUGACCACAAUUCUGUCAGAGAAUGGCUUUGUCAAGGACCUGGAGCGUUAUCUGUGCCAACAGGAAAGGGCGGAGCUUCGUAAGCGAGAGCUGCUCCAUAAGCGUUGGACAGAGCGUGUGUGGACCCCUAUUCAGAGGAGCGUGGAGAACCAAGUGCCCCACUGCUGCUAUGACGAGGCAGAGAGGAUACGGAGCAUGUUCCUGAACUACAUACACUACUGUAACUCAAAGGUUGCCACACCUGCGUCGAGGGACCCACUGUUCCUUCAAUCACGUGACGGGACAAAGGAAAAGAGGGCGGUCCUACGCUGUCAGACAGGGCCGCCCAGAUUAUAGUCACGGCCACACCUGACGGGAGAUGUCUACAGACACCUGGCUGGUCCUACAGGGCUUAACAACACCUGACGGGAGAUGUCUACAGACACCUGGCUGGUCCUUCAGGGGAUAAUGACUAUUAAACAGGGCUUGAGAGCACAGCGUUCUGUAGUGUGGCGUCACUGUUGGGACAUAUAAACAGCAGCAUACACUAGAUGCAGGUAUUCAAUCAGCUCUUCGUCGACAAGGGUAAUUCAUGCUUGAGCAGACAUUGUUUACUGAAAACCAUGUAUUUGAUACCAUUCCUCCCAAUUAAAAGGUGACACCAAU